UUCUAAGAUGCAAAUGACAAAUGCGCGUUUGAUCCUGGGAUGUUGCUUCCUUGCGGUGACGUUGGUGAACGCGGCACCGGGUCCAGAGGAACCUGCCUUCAACCUUCCGGUGCAGUUGAUCGGCUUCCCCGUGAUUACAGCCGCUGUGAGGAUCACUAAUUUCGUGAAGAAACUUGCGUACUCGUUGAAUCCAGAGACUUACGUCAACCGAGUAAGACGAGACCUGCCUUUGGUACACGACGAAGAAAUUCUAGAUGUUAGCCAAGUGGAGAAGAAGUUGAUAUCGGAGUUGGGCAGUAACGUUUGCGUUUACGAGAGAAUCUGCGCCAAGUAUGCGGCCGAAACUCUGCAGAAACGAAGUCGGCAACGAGCUUUGGACUGGGACGUCGUUUUCAGCGAGUACAAAUCAUCGCCGAACCCGAUGAAGGAGAAUUAUUUAUUGAGCGUGUUCCUGGGCGACAUCAUAGGAAGCCCGCGACUCUGUCAUCAGCUGGCGAAACGAGGGAGAGGCUGCGACGAGGCCACGCUCUCGGAUUAACUGUAAACCGUACCCAUUUACGGAGCCGCGUACAGAUUGUAAAUAUCGCGAAGCGUGUUGCCGGUUUGCAUCGUGCAAAGGAUCGUCUAUCCUUGCUACAUAAUAAUCGUAGUUGCGUAAAACGCAACGAGGAUAAAAUUGUAUAGGAGAACUAAUGACUUUAGGACCCGUAAUUAAUUGUUAUCGCUUUGUUACCUGAAGUUCGUUGCUUAUAGGAUUUACCGAUUAAUCGUACUUUAUCGUCGGUGGACUCUGAAUGGAACGAUUCGUCGAUGAUAGAAAACUGUUAGAAUGAAAAGAUCCGACGAAGAGAGGGCAUAUUAGUUUCCCUUUUGAAAACUAACGUUCCUUGCUGUUAUCGCUCGGAGAGUCUUUUAACGAAGAAACGAUCUGUUGUUAAUCGUUGAAAACGAAUACAGUUGCUUGCAAAUGUGCGAUCAUUUUCAUAUUUUAUAGCUAUAUCGAGUGUUUUGUUAACUCUCUUGUUAAUUUGAAGUCUAUGUUAUAGAUACGCAUCGAUAGCGGUUUCCUUUAUUUCGAUAGAUUUUUCAUGGAAAAUUUGUCUGAAGUAACGCAAUUGUUAAGCUGAUACUUUUUUAAAUCCUUGAAUUCUGCGAAACGAAUAGCGACUCUCAAGUUUCGAUCGAUUUGUAUAUUGCAAACAAUGUGCGCGAUAUUAUACGAAUUAAUUGCACGAGAAGUUUAACACUGGCUCUAUUUUAAUUCGUGAUUUUUUUUACGGUAUAGAAAUGGUACAAAUGUUUGACAGUAUUUAGCAAUCGACAACUGUAGUGUUAAAUAUUCGUAUUAUUAUGAAUUACAUAGGAAGAGAAUUUCGAACAUUUCAAUUUCAAGAGCACCAAAAAGAUCG